AUGCAGGAGGGUGACCCCGCCUACGACAUCCCCAAGGCCGACCCGCUGCGAGUGCCGCUCAUGCCCAUCAACAAGAACGCCGGCAGCGUGCUCAACCUCAACAUGUCGUUCAACAACCUGCUCAUCACCAACAUCGCGCACGGCGUGGUCGUCAAGGCGGUGAGGUUCGACGUCGACAAGCUGGAGCUCAACCUGGAGAUGCACCGGCCGCAGGUGGACUUCAAUGGAAAGUACAAAAUCGCCGGCAAGAUACUGUGGCUGCCCAUCUGGGGCUCGGGGGUCGUGUCGCUCAAGAUGAAGAACGUCGACGAGACGUUCCGCCUGGUGGGCGAGCGCGCCUCGGAGGACGGCCGCUCGUUCUGGAACGUCACCGAGUUCUCGUCCACGCUGGAGCCCCAGGCCCUGGAGGUCAAGUACGACAACCUGUUCAACGGCAACUGGCUUCUGGGCAAGGGUGCGAACGCCCUCAUGAACAGCCAGUGGAAGGUCAUCUACGACCAGCUGGAGCCCAUCACGGACGCCCACUUCAGCAGGAUCAUGAAGCCGGUGUGGGCCAAGAUCCUGAGGCACGUCGACCUGGACAAGGCCUUCCCCGUCCCCGACCCCCAAGGGCCGUGA